AUGAGCAAAGGCCGCGAGGGCUCCGCGGCGGGCGGCGGCGCCGCCGCCGUCCUGAUGCGGUAUCUGCGGGAGCAGAACCGGCCGUACAGCGCCCAGGACGCCUUCGGGAACCUGCAGCGGGAGCACGGCCUGAGCAAGGCGGCCGUGGUGAAGGCGCUGGAGCAGCUGGCGCAACAAGGUCGUGUCCGUGAGAAGGCCUACGGGAAGCAGAAGAUCUACUUCGCCGACCAGGAGCAGCUCCCGGCCGCCAGCGACGCGGAGCUCCGCGGCCUGGACGGGCAGAUUGCUGCGCUCUCCGCCAAGGUGCAGGCGCUGCAGCAGAGCUGCCGGCAGAUGGAAGCAGAGCUGAAGGAUCUGAACAGCUCCAUGACAACCCCUGAGAUGGCCAAAGAGCUCAGGGAGCUGAAGAAGAACUGCAGGAGUUACACUGAGAAGCUGGAAAGGAUUAAAUCUGCCACCAGCUGCGUGUCCCCGGAAGAAAAAGAGAAGGUCUGCAGCGAGCAGCAGCUGUACUGCAGGGAGUGGCGGAGGCGCAAGCGAAUGGCAACUGAGCUGCUGGAUGCCAUCCUGGAGGGGUACCCCAAGAGCAAGAAGCAAUUCUUUGAGGAGGUUGGGAUAGAAACAGAUGAGGACCACAACGUGACGCUGCCCACGGCUGUCUGAGACACU